UCAGAAUUGAGCUGGCACAGCAAGCGUCCAAUGAACGCCCGCUAUUCAGUUUGUAAGGCGGGGCUUCCGAGUAGGCGUGUGGGAGAUAGUAGGAAGAGGAGGUCAAAUGCGUGCACUGUAAGAGUUUCAAAAACGCGAGGCUGUCUCCAGGAAAUUUACGCAGCUGUCAUGUUUCACUCUGUGCCCCGUCGGCCGAUCUGCGACAUCGGUGUAAACACAAUGAGGCUUCAGAGCAGCAGGACAAUCAGACGGGCUGUCGAGGAGGGCAAAGGGAAGCUUGAGAGUUUCCCAUGGCUGGGCAGGAACAUGGGCCUGUUGUUGUCCUGGCUGCAGAGGGCAGGUAUGGGUGCAUCUGAGGCCGCGGGGUCUGGUCAAAAGAGGAAGGGGUUGCUGUCCAUAUUUGCGGACCACUGCGGCUUUGUGACCGGCCAGAGGCUCCGGCGUGCUUGCCAGGUCGGCGAGCUUUACUCCAACCUUUACUCCGAGCGGACCAAAUGGACCCUGGUGGGCAACAUAUGGCGCAGAUUUCAGAGCAAGCACGCCCCCACUGGGAAACUUGUCGCGGCCCUGGCUGGUAUCUUCAUGUGGGAUAGUGAGAAGAUUCAAGAUGAGGAAAUUCGCAGGUGUGGACUCGAGCUACAGGCACUGGAGGCUGUAAAAUGUCUGAACACAGCUACAGGUACAGUGGCCGGACAGCUGGAACCUGGCUGGGAAGUUGUGAUGGAGAAGAAGGGCUUCAAAGUGUGGAAGCGCCCUAUACCCAACAGUCACCUCUAUGAAUACAAAGUGUUGGGCUCUUACAAUGAUGUCACCCCAAGGCAGUUCUUCAAUGUACAGUUGGAUACAGAGUACAGAAAGAAGUGGGAUUCUCUGGUUAUCAAGCUUGAAGUGGUGGACAGAGAUGCCAGCACAGGCUCUGAAGUUGUGCACUGGGCUACACACUUUCCUUAUCCCAUGUACUCGAGGGACUAUGUUUAUGUGCGUCGCUAUGACGUGGAUAUAGAAAACAACCUGAUGAUCCUGGUAUCCAGAGCUGUGGAGCAUCCCAGAGUCCCAGAGACUCAGGACUUUGUGAGAGUCCAUUCAUACCAGUCAAAGAUGGUCAUCCGCCCUCACAAGUCCUUUGAUGAGAAUGGAUUCGAUUAUCUGCUGACCUACAGUGAUGAUCCUCAGACUGUCUUUCCCCGUUACUGUGUGAGCUGGAUGGUGUCAAGUGGUAUGCCUGAUUUUCUGGAAAAGCUGCAUACUGCUGCCUUGAGGGCCAAGAAUUUAGAAGUUGGGAUUCACGACUACACAGGUGUCAUUAAAUCCAGUGACAACAACCGCCAGCAAAGCCAGGAGCGGCUCAGUGGAGAAAAGCCACACACAGGUGGUCCCGGACAGAUCUACGCUUGAGACGGAGAAUUUAUAGACCAGAGAUUAUGUUGGUCUGUUUUUCGCUCGCACUUGAACCCGACUCAAACCCUCCAGCCUAUCUUUUUGGGUAGAUUGCAUGAACUGCAAAUGGAAGCUGCAACCUACUUUAAAGACAGAUAUACAGUAUGUCCUUCCAUAGACAUGGUUAUAGUGGUUGCUGAUGAGAUGUCACAAGAACAAUGAAUUGUACCGAUGACAGCUGACACCUGUCCUUUUUGGGAAACGUUGCCAUAGAAAUUUUCACCCAGACUGCUGGCAUUGGCACUGUUUUUGCUUGGCAAGGUGGCAUUUUUUGCCGCCACUGGUAAUGAUGUAGGUCCAAGAGCCAUUGGUAAGAUCGAGCCAAAGUUCCUAAUUGUAGAGAUGCUUUUGUCAAGAUGCAGUUUGUCCCAUUUUAACAUUCUAUGUCUUGUCUUCCACUGUUUGACAAGGCUUGACUUCAAAGGCUGUUCAGAGCGAAUGCAGCCACAUUACUGUAUUAGUGUCUGUGGUGUGAUUACAGCGAGAUGUUGUGUAAAUGGUCAUGCAGUACUGGACGGUGAAACCCAAAACUUCUGCACCUACAGAUGAAGAAUUGAGGACUUUCUACCACAUUUUUUCAUGCAACUAAAGCAACUGGUUUCCUGUUUGCUCAGUGUGUGUUUGAUCUUUAUGUGUCUGGAUGGGAUGGAUUAAAAAAACUAAUGAUGCCAUUACUGGAAAAUUUGUCCAAAGAAUUGAAAAUGAACUUUCUCGUCCGUUGUAUUUUGGGGAUUGCGCUGUUUUGCCAUUGGUACAGUUGAAGUUUCACACUGUUCAUCUCACCGUGUCUGUGUAACCGUUGAAACUGCCAGCGUUGACAAAACAGCCUUCUGAAGAUAAACCAGUCCUUCAGCACUAGGGGCAUAGUGUCUUAUAACAACCACAUAAAUCCUCAGCUCAAAGGUACUGAUGCGCUUCAGUUUACUCUCACUAGCAAGGCAUGCCUACAGAGACACAUUUCAAUAAACCCAUGCCCCUUUGUCGAAGAAACUUGGACCACCUGUGCCACAUCACAAUUUAUUUACAUUUCAUAUAAAGUUAAAAAAUUAAGUUGUCCCAUUUCAGUUCAGAAAUUAUUUUGUCAUCUUGGUGUCCACAGCAGUUGUAGCAGACGUCACUGAAGUUUGAACUGUUGGAGCUAUGGGUGUUUGUGUUUUCUUUGUGUUACAGUUGAUCUUGUACAUUCAUAAAACCGUUGCCUGAAUACUGGAAAUCCCUGUUCUUAUGAGUACAACAAGCUCUGUUACAUGUUUGUCCUGCGUUGUGAUUCAUCAGUCUUUAUUAUUAAUGUGGAUCCUACUGAUAGUCCGUAACUCAUCCUUCCUAAUCAUCCUUGUUGCUUUUCUAAUGAACUUUUUGCAGGGGUGUUAUGAAUGUACAAAGAGCUCCACGUUGUGUGGGAAAACAUCGCCUAAUAAAGUACACUGUUUACAGCCUGACAAUCUGGCACAGAAAUCUUGAAAUUCAUUUGUGUUUAAAACAUCUUUAUGUGUAUUAAAAUCUCAUACUUGUAGGUGGUACAUCAGAGUGAAGCAGCUGCAGUAACUGUCUCAAGAUCAAACAGUAUAGUGGCAUCCACCUUGUGAAGGUCCCACAUGUAUGAGAAUCCCCGAUUUAAUAUAUCCCCGUUGUCAUUGUGUGUAUUUCCAUACUGUGAAGUAUUUCAGUCUGAUAAAAAAAAAAGGAUAAAAAAAAAAGGGCAGUGAAAGUUGUGAAACACUGAUAUGUUGAAAGUGCGAGGGAGAAUAUCUCUUGUGUGGUCAAACAGAACUGUGAGACUCUAAAGAGAUCAUCGUAAUCUAAUUUAACAUUAUGCAACGUUUGCUAAUGUUCAGCUUGUGAAUGUAACAUGUUAACUGUCAUUUAUAGACACCUGCGUGCCACCUGCAGUAGUCUAAAAGAGUUGUCACAUACUGUUUUUGUUACUUCUUCCUACAGGCAGUAGAACGUUUGUUGUGAUUAGCCACCACAUCAUGAGGAUUACCUAUGAAUACUAUUGUGUGGAUAUGAGCUAGUGCACUUGUCACCCUGUGAUUUCAUGGCUGAUUGAAAUGGAAGAACGACUAAUCAAAUCAAAUAAACAUCUUCAUGUGUA